UACAGCAAAGGGAAAAAAUCUCUGUGUCAUCACAUGAAGGAUAAACAUACAGGUUAUUAUUACUUUAUUAUAUCCAUGAACAAAAAUCUGGGUUAGGGUUAGGGUUAGGGUUUGUGCAGUAAAUAAUCUGCAUAUGGACUGACCCAGUUCCAUGCAAUGCAUCAGCUGUGGAAUGAGGAAGAAGCUCAGGAGCGAGUUCACGUGUUGAGAUGUUUCGGUGGAACAGCUGGAGAUCACUGAUCUUCUUCACAGAUCUCCUGUUUCAGACUUGUGAGCAGGUAUUUCAAUCUUAAACUGUAUUGCAUGAUUAUAGAUUUAUGAGAGCGUUUAUAGUCAGUUCGGACUGAGGGGUGUGUCAACACACACUGUCUACACUUCCCUAUUAUCAACAUCUAGAAAUAGUAUCUAGAUGGUGGACUGGGAGAGAACCAUUUUUAUUUGUUUAUGACAUUAGUCGUACUUUGGCUAAUAUAUUAAAUGCGAUGGACUGAAGAGAGGAGGAAGAGAGGAGGUACAUUAUGAUGUGAUCAUUCAAGUAUGUGAUAUUUAUGUGACUCUUGCUGACUCUCAGUGUGGACAUGGAGCUGAGCAACAUUCAGAUAAAUACAUUCUCUUGUGGUCUUUAAGUCACUGAGUUAUAUUUUAUAUCCUGUGGUUAAAAGAAGGAUUGUUACUUGAGGGACUUCUGAUUAAUUCAUGUAAUUGUGAAUUCAUUUUUGGCCUAAAAAACUGUUUACUGUAAUUUCUUUUAAAUAUUUAGGACCCUUCUAAGUGCGUUCUGUGGUCAUUUGGAGGACUGUUACCUCAUGAUUUUAUGUUAAACAUUUUAUUUCUUUUGCGACAACCAAACUUUCAAGUUGUUCUUUAGUUUGAAGGAAGUCUGUUAUUCCUCGGUGACAUGAUUACCUUCUGUGUACUAUUGUACCAUCCUUUAUCUAAGUAUAGUUUUGUGGCUACCUUUUACAUCUUCUUUUAAAUCGAGGUCUUGCACUUAUGAACAGUUAUGCACUAGGGUUGAACAACAAUGUAUGUUAUUCGUUACAAUGUCAUCAUCACCUCUGUUUUGUAAAGAUGAUGCAGUAAGCUGCACUAUAUUUUUUUGGACAAUUUUAUAUUUAGAAAUGUUAUUGUGCAGUUCUAAAACAUACUAACUACCAUUUAAAACAGUAAAUACAUGUGAAGCAAAGUCAUGUGUGCACAGCAGCUGGUGCUAAAACAGAGAACCGAAUUUUUGCAAGCACUAUGCUGCAGUGGCACUGCUGAACCUUUGGAUUCUGUGCUUGACUUGCUGCUGUCCUGGGAUGUCCUCAUUUGGGAAGACUACCACAAUGUCCAGGGCCUUACUAAACCCCUCUGCUCCAAAACCAGAGACCUUCUGGAUUUAGUGUACAGCAAAGGUGAAGAGGCAUGCAGUCUGCUGCUGGCAGCUAUUGAGCAAAUCUUACCUGAGGGCCAGAAAGCUGGACUUUGCUUUGGAAAAGGUAAUUCAAGGCCAGAGGACAUCAAGAAGACUCCCACAAGAGCCAGUGAGGCUUUGUUGAUUGACAGGCCAGCACUGGUGAAGAAGAUUCGGGACCAUCUGGAUGAGGUUUUGGAUGCACUCAUGGAAUCUGGCUGCCUUACUUCACAAGACUUUGAUGAAGUUCUGUUACCGGUGUACACAUGUUCACAAAAGGUUAGGAAGUUGUUAGACCAAGUGAGGUUCAGAGGGGAGGGUGCCGCGCAUGCUUUACUGCAGUGUCUAGAGCACAUAGACAGUAAGCCACAACGUGUAAAAGAAGAAAAACAUCUCUCGACUGAAUGCCUUCUUUACCAGAAGAAGCUUUGCAGUUCUGUUAAGGCCCAGUCGUACUAUCUCAGCACUUAUGGUGGAAAUAGCAGAUUUUCCCUAGAUGAUAUCUAUACCGAUGUCCUCCUAGAAGUGGUGCAAAGUGACAGAGAGGUCACAGCUCUGGGGCUACAAGAUGUGGUUGGUUUGCUUGGGACUCUUAAUGAGGAAGCAGACACAAUACUUGUUUCUGGUGAAGCAGGUAAUGGUAAGAGUACCUUGCUGCAGAGGCUGCACCUGCUGUGGGCUCAAGGUACCAUGCUGACAGAUAUUCUGAUGCUGUUCCCUUUUACUUGCCGUAAACUAAAUGCUGAGCAGAGAAUGCUUUCCUUAAAAGAGCUCCUGUUCCUACAUUGCUGCUGGCCAGACAAAGGUCAAGAUGAAAUCUUCCAGUUUAUUCUUGACCACCCUCACCUAGUUCUUUUUACCUUUGAUGGCCUUGAUGAAUUUAGGCACACCUUCUCAGAUGAAGAGCGCCAUUGCUGCCCCACACAGCAAGCACCUGUACAUACUCUGCUUUUCAAUCUACUUCAGGGUACCUUAAUGAAAGGGGUGAAGAAGGUGGUAACCAGCAGGCCCCAAGCAGUGGAUCAAUCUCUGAAGCAGUAUCUCCGCAAGGAAGUUCUGGCCAAGGGUUUCUCUCCUGAGGGAAUUGAUAACUUUGUGAGAAAACACCACAAAGAUGCCAGUGUAGCUAAUCGGGUUUUAGAGUCCCUCAAGGCUAACACAGUUCUGCUUGGGCUCUGCCAUAUUCCUGUUUUCUGCUGGAUUAUAUCAAAGUGUUACAAAGAGUUGCUCGGGUUCGGGGAAGGUAGCCCUCAGACGGUUACUGAUGUGUACCUUAUGGUUCUAAAGCAUUUCUUUCAGAAACGGAGGCCCCAACAACAAAGAACUUUGGGAAUGGGAUGGCUACAGGAACAUCUAGAGACAAUAAAACGACUGGGAGAGUUGGCCCUGGAGGGUUUAGAGACUUCCUGUUACAUAUUCACAGAGUCACUCUUACAGAAAUGUAGCAUCACAGAGCAGGACAUUGAUCUGGGAUUCCUAAUACACUGUAAGGACCUCUCAGACUACUCUGACUGCAAACAUUUUGAAUUCCUGCAUAUAACCAUGCAGUGCUUCUUUGCUGCUCUCCAUAUUGUUCUCAACAACAAUGACAAUUGCUCUGUUAUCCUAAAUCUCUUCCAGUGCAAGCAGCCAGCUGUUUUUAAUCACAAUUGUCUUCUACAUUGCGUGAGGCCUGUAGUUAAAUACUGCAGUGAAGCUGAGGCCCCAAACCUGAAGAUCACAUCAGCGUUUGUUGCAGGACUUCUGUCCCAGCGCUAUCACAGUCUUCUACAAAUAUGUCCUUCUGUCUUGCUCGAGAAAAAAUCCAAACAAGUCAUGAAGUGUUUGUCGAAAGGUUUACAUAGGCAUUUUAAAUCAAUCCCGCCGCCAGUGAAGGGUGAAAAGAAGAGCAUGCACGCCAUGCCAAGUUUUGUUUGGCUAAUUAAGUGCAUCUAUGAAAUGCAAGAAAGCGAGAUUGCUAAGGAUGCAGUAGCCAAACUAGAAGUAGAGCACCUGAAGCUAAUUUACUGUAAUAUUGGGCCAGUGGAAUGCACCGCUUUGGCUUAUGUGCUCAGGUACCUGCAGAAUCCUAUUGGAUUACAGCUGGACUUCAACUCAGUGGGAGAUGUGGGAUUGGAACAACUCCUGCCAUGUCUUCAUGUCUGUCACUCCCUCUACUUGAGAAACAAUAACAUAUCUGAUGAAGGAAUACGCAAACUGGUUGAGAAGGGAGUGCACUGCGAAUGCUUCGCCAAAAUAGCGCUGUUCAACAAUAAGCUAACAGAUGACUGCACAAAGUAUUUCGCCAUGCUGCUUAAGACAAAGAAGAACUUCCUUGCAUUAAGACUUGGAAACAAUAGCAUCACAUCCCAGGGGGCCGAGCAGCUGGCGGAAGGGCUGAGGUCCAACACCUCUCUGAAGUAUCUUGGGUUGUGGGGAAAUAAGAUUGGAGACAAAGGUGCUGAGGCUAUAGCCGAUGCUCUAAAGAACAGCACCUCAUUGAUAUGGUUAAGCCUGGCAGGUAACAAUGUAGGCAGCGCAGGAGCAUGUGCCUUAGCGGAGCUUGUUAAGAGCAGCACAACACUUGUGGAUCUGUGGCUGAGCCAAAAUCACAUUAGCAGGGAUGGUGUAAAGUGUCUAAUUGAGGCUUUGAAAUUGAACUCGACUAUCAAGGAAGUGUGGUUGAGAGGAAACAACCUGAGUGAAGAGGAUGUGAAAGACUUUAGUAGACAAGAAAGCAGACUCAUCCUCUGAGGAGGAAAGAAUGAUGUCAGUCGUCAGACAGAUUCUUCAGAUUUUAUGAUUUGUGCAGAUGAACUCUUUUCUUAACGAUUCAACUUUGAAUUGUAAUAAAACCUUUAAAAAUAAUUCACCAAUUUAAAAGAGAAUAUCUUAAAUAUUAUUAUUCAUAAUAAUGUUAUUAUUAGUAGUAGAAGUAUUAUUAGUAAAACACUGAAAAAAAAGAACAAUGAAAGAAAAUUGACCAAAAAUGAUUUUUCCUUUUGUCAUGACCUUCAGAAAAUUCCAGUGAUGCAACUUCCUGUUGAAGAGGUUACUUGUGGAAUAUACCUUUUUCUAAUCGUAAAAGUGAUCAGGUAACAGGGUAAAAUGGCAGGUAAAAUGUUGUGGUAUGCUGAAACACAUUGUAUACAAAAUAUACAGUGGAUUAGUCAGGAAAUAGGGAUUUUUCAAACUGUGAAAUGUUACAUGGAUUCACACAAUGCAGAAAUAAUGCAAUUUUGUUUAAAAGGGUGUAACGUGUAGAACAAGCUUUAAGAGAUUGAAUAGUCUGCAGUAGAUAUAUAUUUGAUACGUUUUAUAUAUUGUGUUAUUUAUCUGAAGUGUGUACAUAAAUUGCUAUAUGAAGAAGACUAUCUGUAAUUAAAAUGUUAUUUUAGGCUUGUUUUUAUUUUUUGUAUGUAAAAUCUUAAAAAAUGCCAUCUCAAUCAUGGAAUCACCAGAUAACAACUUCAGGUUAUUUUUCAACACAUGAUCCUGUGCAGUCUACAGUUCGCUCCACUGAGUGUUUUACACAAAGUAAAGACAAAAGCACAAACUUUUAUUUACUUUGCAGAAUUCAUUUAUUGUAUUUUUUUUGUUACCAUGUUCUUUUGUGCCAAUUUAUAUUUAAGCAAUUUUUAUAUUUUUGUUUACUGUUACUGGUUAUGUUGUUUUUCUGUGUAUUUUAUUCUUCUGAACUGCCUUAGACUGGAGCAAUACAUAUUGUCUUUUUUUAAAUAAUAAAUAGAAUUCAAACAGCAUAAAGACCAUGAGAGUG